CCUGACCCAUCAGAUCACCAUGGCGGGACCUGCUCUCUGCCUGGUGGCUGCCCUGGUGGUCUGCUUCUCCGCUUCUUCUCAAGGUCAGCUGUACAGCCUCAUCACUCCCAAUGUUCUGCGGGUGGAGAGUGAAGAGAAGAUCAUUGUGGAGGCUCACAGCCUCAGUGGGUCCACGGAAGUGACCAUCACUGUCUUCGACUUCCCGCUGAAGAAUAAGGCCUUGUACGAGGUCACAGCUACCCUGAACCAAGAAAAUGGCAUGAUGGUGACCCCAAGAAUAAAGGUUCCUGCCAAAGACAUGAAGAAGGAUUCCAAGCUCAACCAGUAUGUGGUUGUCCAAGCCAGGUGUGCCCAGUUCCAGCUGGAGAAGGUGGUUCUGGUCUCCUUCCAAAGUGGCUACAUCUUCAUCCAAACAGAUAAGACCAUCUACACGCCUGGAAGUGCAGUGCGCUAUCGAGUCUUUCCUGUGGGUUACCACCUGGAGCCUCUGGAGAAGAAUGUGAUUAUUGAGUUUAUGACACCAGAGGACAUCGUGGCCCACCAUGCUUCCAUUACCUCUGUUUCAACAAACGCCCAGCCUUUCAACUUACCUGAGAUUGUGAGCUUUGGGACGUGGAAAGUUGUGGCCAAGUAUCAAGACUCCCCGCAGGAGAAAUUCACCACACAAUUUGAAGUCAAGGAAUAUGUGCUACCAAGCUUUGAAGUCACACUACUACCAAAAGAGAAGUUUUAUAACAUUAAUAGUGAUGACAAUUUCAGAGUGUCCAUCACUGCAAGGUUCCUCUAUGGGAAGAAAGUACAAGGCGUGGCCUUGGUCCUCUUCGGAGUGAUUGCAGAUGGGAAGAAGCUCUCCAUCCCCGACUCACUCGACAGGAUCCCGAUUGUCGAUGGCGAAGGGGAAAAAGAAGCAGUGCUAACAAAAAAAAUACUACAGAAAAGAUUUGACAAACCUGGGGAAAUCAGGGAUCUCCUUGGGCAUUUCCUCUAUGUCACUGUGACUGUGAUGACAGAAUCAGGCAAUGAUAUGGUGGUAGCUGAACAAAGUGGCAUUAAGAUUGUGACAUCUCCCUACGAAAUCCUCUUCACAAAAACCCCCAAGUACUUCAAACCAGGAAUGCCCUACGAACUGACAGUCUUUGUCACCAAUCCCGAUGGCUCCCCAGCUCCAAACAUCCCUGUGGUUUCGGAGCCCCUUGCAGUCGAGGCGGUCACCCAGAAUGAUGGAACUGCUAAACUCAUCGUGAACACACCAGGGAACGUGCAACAGCUACGAAUCACUGUCAAAACCAGACACAACAAACUCCAGGACAAUGCACAAGCCAGGAAUACCAUAGUGGCCAACGCCUACCAAACCCAAGGGCAGUCUGGAAACUACCUCCAUUUGGCAGUCACAGCAAGAGAGCUCAGGGCUGGGGAUAACUUGCAUAUCAGUUUCAUCGUGAAGACCAACAACCAAAUCCUGAUGAACCAGAUCAAUUAUUUCACCUACAUAAUCAUGACCAAAGGAAAGAUCUUCAAAACUGGGAGGCAGCUCAAGGGUCAAGGACAGAACCUGGUGACGAUGACUCUGCCCAUCACCCCCGAUCUCAUCCCCUCUUUCCGGUUUGUGGCUUACAGUCAAAUAGGAAACAGCGAAAUUGUGGCGGACUCGGUCUGGGUGGAUGUGAAAGACACCUGCAUGGGAACGCUGGUAGUGACAGGAGAUAACAAAAUUCACGCCCCAGCAGCAGAAAUGAGAAUCAAACUGGAAGGCGACGCAAAUGCUCACGUGGGCCUCGUGGCUGUCGACAAAGGGGUCUACGUCCUCCACAAGAAGAACAAGCUGACCCAGGCAAAGAUAUGGGACACCGUAGAGAAGAGCGACAUCGGAUGCACGGCUGGCAGCGGCAGUAACAACAUAGGAGUGUUUGCAGAUGCUGGACUGGCCCUGGAGAUGAGCAAUAAGAUUUCCACGCCCCAAAGAUCAGAUCCAAAGUGCCAGCAGCCCACAAGACGUCGGCGCCGCUCUCUGCAGCUUCUGGACUCCAAGGCCAGCAAAGUGGCCCAGUAUCAGGGCCGGACUCUGAGGAAGUGCUGCGAAGACGGCAUGCAGGACAACCCCAUGGGCCACAGCUGUGAGAAGCGUGCAGGAUACAUCCUUGAGCAGGACGGGUGCAAAGCUGCCUUCCUUGAAUGUUGCCGGUACAUCCGGAGCAUCCGUGAUGAGCAUGCGCGGGAGGAGGAGCUGAUCCUGUCAAGAAGUGAUGUUGAUGAUGUUGAUGAUGAUUUCUUAGCCAAUGAUGAGAUUGUCUCCAGAACACAGUUUCCUGAGAGUUGGUUGUGGCAAAUAGAACAUCUGACUGAGCCUCCAAAUGACCAGGGGAUCUCAUCCAAGAUGGUGUCUUUUUUCCUGCACGAUUCCAUCACGACCUGGGAAGUAUUGGCUGUGAGCAUUUCAGAUACGAAAGGGAUCUGCGUGGCUGACCCUUAUGAGAUCACAGUGAUGAAGGACUUCUUCAUCGACCUGCGGGUGCCUUACUCAGUUGUGAGAAAUGAGCAAGUGGAGAUUCGGGCUGUCCUCUACAACUAUUGGGACCAAGACAUCACAGUGCGAGUCGAGCUGGUCCACAACCCGGUUUUCUGCAGCGCUUCCACUGCCAAGAAAAGAUACACGCAGAUGUUCAGCAUCAAAGGCCUGUCCUCUAAGGCGGUGCCGUUUGUGAUUGUCCCGCUCGAGUGGGGACUCCAUGACGUUGAGGUCAAAGCAGCUGUCAGGGGCUGGUUUGUGUCAGAUGGUGUCAAGAAGAAGCUGAAAGUUGUGCCUGAAGGUAUGCAGAUAAAGCUGGUGACCGUCAUUGAACUGGAUCCUGCUGCGAAAGGAGUCGAUGGAGUUCAGGAACAGAAGGUCAGUGCCAAAGUUAUCGACGACCAGGUCCCCAACUCGGAAACUGUGACCCAAAUUACCAUCCUAGGAAACCCUGUAGCCCAGAUUGUCGAAGACUCCAUUGAUGGGGCCAACCUGAACCAUCUCAUCGUAACUCCAUCUGGCUGUGCAGAGCAGAACAUGAUCAAAAUGACUCCGACGGUUAUCGCCACCCACUAUCUGGACGCUACCAAGCAAUGGGAGAAGAUUGGGGUGGAGCGCCGAUCUGAUGCCAUCAAGCAGAUCAUGCAAGGUUAUGUGCAGGAAUUGGCGUACAAGAAAGAAGACCACUCCUAUGCCUCAUUUACUGGUCGCCCAUCAAGCACUUGGCUAACAGCAUACAUCGCAAAGAUCUUUGCCAUGGCUAAACCUGUUCAGCCAAACAUUGAUGCCCAGGUCAUCUGCGGAGCGGUGAAAUGGCUGAUUCUGAACAAGCAAAAGCCGGACGGAAUGUUCCAAGAAGAUGCCCCAGUGAUCAGUGGAUCGAUGGCGGGAGGCUAUCAGGGUGCGGAACCAGAGGUGUCCUUAACAGCCUUUGUCCUGGUGGCACUGCUGGAGACCAGACCAAUCUGCAGAGGGCAAAUCAGUAGUUUAGAAAACAGCAUCACCAAGGCUGCCGAGUUUCUAGUCAGGAAGUAUGACUCGCUGGAAAGGCCGUACACCGUGGCCCUCACCUCGUAUGCCUUGACCCUGGCCGGGAAGCUGAAUCACGACAGGGUGCUGAUGAGAGCAUCGACAGGUAGAAAUCGGUGGGAAGAAACCAAUGCUCGUACCUAUAACAUCGAAGGCACCUCCUACGCUCUUCUGGCCCUGCUGAAACUGAGGAAGUUUGACGAGGCCGGUCCUGUCGUAAGAUGGCUGACACAGCAGAAAUAUUAUGGGGGAACAUACGGGCACACUCAGUCAACUGUCAUGGUGUUUCAAGCCCUUGCCCAGUACCACACGGACAUCCCUCUCCUAAAGGCAAUGAAUUUGGACGUUUCUCUUCUAUUGCCGGGAUAUGAAAAUCUGGUCAGGCACAGAAUUGAAUACGAAAAUGCCCUCCACGCUAGAACAGCAGAGACCAAGAUCAACGAAGACUUCACUGUGAAAGCGACGGGACAGGGACAGGCCACAGUGACCGUAGUGACCUUGUAUAAUGCAAAACUCCGGGAAGAGGCCGUUCCCUGCAAGAACUUUGACCUGGAGGUGACCACCACACCCUUCCAGCUCCGUAAGCCAAUAGAUGGAGUCUUGGGAGCAGCCAAGAUCAAGAUCUGCGCCAGGUAUCUUCGUGAGGUCGAUGCCACCAUGUCCAUCAUCGACGUCUCCAUGCUCACUGGGUAUGGACCUGCCACGGAAGAUCUUAAGAGGCUUUCAGAAGGUGUGGACAGAUACAUCUCCAAGUAUGAAAUCAACACGGACACGUCAGAAAGGGGGAACCUGGUCAUCUAUUUAGACAAGGUUUCUCAUUCGGAGGAUGAAUGUCUGGAAUUCAAAGUUUACAAGUAUUUUGAGGCCGGCCUCGUUCAGCCAGGAUCAGUCACAGUGUACAGCUAUUAUUCCAUAGAUGACCGUUGUACCAAGUUCUACCACCCAUCCAAGGGAAGCGAGCAUCUCAAUAAGAUCUGCCACGGUGAUGUUUGCCGGUGUGCAGAAGAAAACUGCUUCUCGCACAACCAAGAAGAUGAACAGGUCGAUUUGCAGGACCUGGUUCGGAAAGCCUGCGAGACAGAAGUGGAUUACGUGUACAAAGCCAAGCUUAUUCGAAUCGAAGAAGAAAAUGGUUAUGACAACUACAUGAUGGAAGUUCUGGAAAUUAUUAAAGCAGGUAGUGACGCCAAUCCACAAGCCGAACUCUGCCAGUUCAUCAGCCACAUGAAAUGCCGGCAGUCUCUGGAGCUGCGGGUGAACGAGGACUACCUGGUCUUAGGCCACAGAAAAGACCUGUGGCCCACCAAAAAUGGUGUCAAUUACAUCAUCAGCAAGGACACGUGGAUUGAGAAGUGGCCAACCGACGACGAAUGCCAGGAGGAGGAAUACCAGGACCUGUGCAACGACUUCCUCGAGUUCUCCAACAGAAUCACCAUUUUCGGCUGUGACAACUAACGGUGGAAGCGUCGUC